AUGAGUGAGUCACUGAUUAAAGCUUCUAAAGUAAAAUUAGAUAUAGAGAAAUAAAUAUCAGAUCUUGAUUCUUCUAAAGCAUACAUCGUAUACCAUUCAGAUAAGGAAUUUUUGAACCUCUUCGAAUAAUCAAAAAAGAGAUUAGAAAAUGAUACACAGAUGAUAAUUAAGUAAAUUGAUGAACUUCAAGCUAGCAUUUCAUAGAUACAAAUAUAAAUAUAAAAUGAUUACAAUAUGUCAACAGAGUCCAAAUAAAUUUAAAAAAAGAAAGCUCAAAAUAUUGAAGGAUAAGUCAGAGAACUAUAAAACUAUUUAAGGAGAAUUAGCGUCAAAAAAAUGGAUGCAUUAAAAUCAGAAAAAGACAAAUACUAUCUCUAUGGAAAUAGCAAACUAAGCUAAAUUGAAAACAAUACAAUUAAUCUGCAAUUAUAAAAUAAGGAAUAAAUCACAUAAAAUUCAAGGUUGACAAACAAAAUGAUUGAUGAAGGAGUUUUGCUUCUCUAAUCAUUUAAAAACCAGUCAUAGUCUUUAAAAUCAAUACACAAGAAAGUAAUUAAUAUAGUAAAUGAGUUAGGAAUAAGUAACUAAGUAGUAAGAAUGAUAGGGCAGAGAUCUAGUACAGAUAAUAUUAUCAUUUGUGUCUUAUUUGUUGUCUUAAUGAUUUUCAUUGCUAUUUGCUAUUAUAUCAUUCGUCCUAUGGUAAAAGGAUAUAGCGAGUGA